GCGCUGUAUUAAUAGGCACAUGGUAUCGCUGACGCAUUUAUUUGGUUUUGCGUUUUAUUUUCAUGGUAGUACAGAAUUUGGCAGAUCAUGAUUGGUAGUACAUUCCAGCACAGUAGGUGGCGGCAUGCACUUUAAACGUUUGUUUGUGGACCGCCAUGAUAGCAUAGAAGAAGAAGAAGGUUCUUUCUUUCAGGCGUCGUGAGGCCAGCUAGCGAUUAGCAAUGGAUACAAAAAUAUCUGGGAAGAGUUUUCGCGUGAGCGACGGAGACUGGAUUUGCCCUGAUAAGAAGUGUGGAAAUGUGAACUUUGCAAGAAGAACAAGCUGUAAUAGAUGUGGCAGUGAAAAGACAACGGAGGCAAAGAUGAUGAAAGCAGGAGGGACAGAGAUUGGCAAGACCCUGGCUGAGAAGAGUCGGGGCCUCUUUAGUGCAAAUGAUUGGCAGUGUAAAACCUGCGGCAAUGUGAAUUGGGCCAGGAGGUCUGAGUGCAACAUGUGUAACACACCUAAAUAUGCCAAGCUCGAGGAGAGAACAGGAUAUGGUGGAGGAUUCAAUGAGAGGGAGAAUGUGGAGUACAUUGACCGAGAGGAAUCUGAUGGAGAAUACGACGAGUUUGGGAGGAAAAAAAAAAAGUACCGUGGGAAACCUGGUAGCAGGUCUUCCUCGAAGGAGAGUGAAAAGAAGGCGGAACCAGUGAAACCAGAAGAGGAGGAGGAGGAGGAUGACGACGAAGAGGAAGGAGACCUUUCAAAAUACAAACUAGAUGAUGAGGAAGACGACGACGACGAUGAUGCGGACUUGUCAAAGUACGAUCUGGAUGCCAGUGGUGAUGAGGGGGAGAAGGACAAGCCAGUCGCAAUAAAGGAUAGCACCCCAGGGUCUUCCCAAUCCUCCUCGGGCUCCUCCAGCUCUCGGUCCAGGUCCAGAUCCCAAUCUAGAAGCUCAACCAGUUCCAGAUCUCGCUCCAGUUCCCAAGAGCGAGGUCGGUCUCGCAGGUCCAACUCCAGCUCCAGGUCUGGAAAGGCCUCUUCUCCCAGGAAGAGGACUCGCUCGCCCUCCUCCUCACCAGAGAGAGAAAAGAAGCGUAGUCGCUCCAGGUCCUCAUCUGGAGAGAGGAAAAAAAGGCGCUCUAGAUCACGAUCGUCCGAAAGGCGCCGUGGCCAGUCCUCUGGAUCUUCCCAUUCUGGCUCAAGUUCAAAACAGAAAUAAGUUUAAAGCAGCCCGUAAAAUGGGAAAAAGGAAUCUUAAUGCCAGUGAAUGAUGUUUAAAAAAAAAAAAAAGAAACAGGACAGAUCCGUUCAUUAUGCUGUUCAUUUUACCAGAGCUUUGCAGUACACAACAAAUAUUUUCCUUAAAAAAAGAAAAUAGUGACAUGUCUCUUUUUACCAUUCAUUACAUGCUGCCUUUUUAGAGCUCACUAAGCUCCCUGUCUGUAUCAAGUGUGUAACUUUAGGUGUUCAAUAGGCUUAUGGUGUCUGGUCCUUUUUGUUGUUGUUGUUGAAACAGAAUAUUGUGAAGAGGCAACAUCCAAUUUUAAUCCAAACUGCACAAUAUCAUGGCAGGAAACAUUUUAAUCCAGUCAUUGUUAGGUUUUGAGAAAUGAAAAUAGCAUAGAAUGAACUUUCAUUUUUUACCAAGGAUGUUUUACAGAUAUUGGUCUUAACCCCUGAUUUUCAGUGAUUCGGGAACAUUCUUGUGUGUGUGUGAAAUUGUAUAAGUGAGGCAAAAAUGACCAACUCGGGUCUGUAAAACCAUCUUGAAAUAUCUAUUGUUCACCAAUAAGCUUGCUAAACUAAUUUGAUGUCCUGUUAAGUCUUUUCUAUGUUUUGAGGUAAAGUGAAGGUAAGUAUUUUUCUUUACUUUCUGAUAUUUCUUGUUUUAAAUAAGUGCAAGGUAUUCCAAUGGUGUUUUAGGCUUAGGAAAUAACCCUAAAUGAUUUGGUACUGACAGUUGUUAGGCCACCAAUGACAGUUGAGGUAAUACUAAGUAUAUGUCUUACAGUAAUUCAUGUUUAGAGCCUAUAAAAUCACUACUCAAUUUUGGUAAGUGUGUAUGUGAAACUCAACAGGAUUUCAUGAAAUUACUUUUUCUAUUGUGAAAGCUAAAAUCUUUUUGCUUUGUUUCUCUGCUCUGUUGUAUACUCAAACAGUUCAUGAUUACUGUGCAGUAAGGAUUAAUUUAAAAACAUAUAUUUUUUCUCUUCAAAAUGACAGUAUCAAUAGAAUGUGUUAAGAUCUCGAUCUCUAAAAAUAAACUGAAAUGUAAGCAGCAUGAAUAAAAUCCCGUCAAUCAUU